CAAGAAUCACAAUGUAGCGAGCCCUCCAUCGGCUAACGGGCGGAGCAAGGUCUCCUCAACAGGCGGUGGUUUUACUGGUUUGCCGGAGUGAGUUCAGUGUUGACGACUGGAAUACGUUGAUAGAGUCGGAAUGUUGGCACUGUACGUGUUGUUUAUUCUGUACACUCUGGUGUACAUGGGCCCGGGAAGUGUAGAUGCGGUGUCCAUCACUACCGUGAGGGUUCCGGAUCGAGGCGGUUGGGUGGUGAUGUGGCCCCGCCCGGGUGACCCUACCUGGGAGAACAGGGUAGAGUUCAAGUGCGAGUAUUCCAUCUCACCUGCCUCAACCACUACUCCAACAAUCACCUGGCUCAGGGGGGUGUUCGCCGACGCAGACCGUGAGGUUGUCUACAAGUGGAGCUCGUCAGGAGAAGUCUACGUCCAUCCCGAGUUCGCAGGUCGCGUCAGUAUCGAGUCCCGAUCCCGGCCGACUCUCGUACUGACCGACACGAAGUUUGACGAUUGGGGCCGAUACUGGUGUCGGGUCACGAACGAGGAACAGCCGGACGAGUUCGGCACGGACGAGGAAUCUCUCCUCUUCUGGUACAAGUUGGGGUACGAUCCGCCGACCCGUUUGUCCGUCGUUAACCUGGACAAAACCACAGUCCACGUGGCGGCUGGCGGGACUGUCCAACUCGACUGUGCGGGAACCAGCGGCCGUGAAGCCUCCAUUCUCUGGGCCAAAGGUCCGACCGGCUGUACUCAAGGUGAAAGCUGUGACAUCUACGAGACUGUAAUACACAAGUCUGCCGUGUGGGGCGCUGGUAAUCCAGAACAGGAAAACAUCACCAUCUCUCCUAACUACGUCGGAAGGGUUUCCCUGGCUGCGGAUGGAUAUGGCUCCUUUACUCCGACCCUGACCAUCACCGACAUCCGCCCUAGCGACGCCGGCCGGUACUGGUGCGCCCCGGACAUCUCCGAGGUUUACUCUAACCUGGGGCCUCUGAACCGUGACGCUCAGUCUGUGGUCAUCGUCGUCAACGACCCAGGUACCGAGCCAACCUGUGUCGGUCAGACGGACGGGAUGUACCAACACCCCGCUGACUGUACCCAGUUCUACACGUGCUCAGGCGGUCUGCACUACGGCACCAACGCCUGUCCUGCCGGGCUGGUCUUCAACCAGGGUCUACAGCUGUGUGACUGGGCAAGCAACGUCAUCUGUCUGUAAAUGGCCUUUCCGCAGUACAGGCUGAUCCCAUAGCCCCGCCCACCUGCGUCAGUAGACGUAUGGCCCCUCAUUGGUUGAAUCGCUAAUUUUUAUUCUCUUAUUGGUUGAACUGAUAAUCUAACUGUGAUAGGCAGUCAGGAUACAUUGUUAAUCCCUGAAGGUUUUGGUAAUAGGGAAUGAAUGCCUGUGUGACUGGGCAAGCAACGUCAUAUGUCUGUAAAUGACGCUUCCACAGUACAGGCCGAUCCCAUAGCUCCGCUCACCUGCGUUAAAAGACAUAUGGUCCCUUUCUGAUUGGUUGAAUCACUAAUUGUCAUUCUCUCAUUGGUUGAACUGAUAAUUUAACUUUGUUAGGCACUCAGGAUACAUUGUUAUUCCCUGAAGUAGGUUACGGAUGGAUCCAUGCAGAGUGCCUUUCUGUGCGUAAUCGGAUACUCUUAACAGUAUUCUUAGCACCAAUAGCAGAAAAUUCUUUUCUGUUUCUUAAAGACUGUAAAUCCGACAAUCCCAACGUUCAAGAACAUAUGGAUUUUCAACACCAAUAGAGCACUUCACUAACAUAGCAUAAAGAAAUUCUAUUGUAAUCAUUUGAGAACAGCUACUCUUACGUACCUGUGUGUAUGGUUAGCGGGCCUUUCCUUGGUGCUGAACCCUUUCCAGGGUUUCGGUUUCAAGGACCAUGGGGGUAGAAAAAGGACAAGAA